UGUUAUUUUUCACAUUGGUUAGUUUCUGUGUGAUUAACCAGCGAGUACAGACGCUAUGGGAGACCAGGAUCUUGUGGCGGAUAAUGUGAGCGAUGUUUCUUCUUUUUCGGAUUCAAGCGACGAAGGAAAAAAAGUAAUAGAAGUCGUUGAAGAGGCAAUCGAUGAUACAGACAAGCCAAUCUACAGUGAGGAAGAUUUGGAAACCCUGGUGGGCUUCAUCCGUAGCAUGAUUCUUCUUUUCGAUUAUAACGAAGGAGAUUUCAACGAGGAAGUGACGGAAGUUAUCAAACUCUGGCUUACUAACACCAACAAUCCAUUAUUUUUCAUAUUCUACGAUGGAGACAUCCUUACAGCCUCAUUGGCGUUUCCAUUGUGUCCAUUUAACGACCUAAUGUAUUUCAUGCGAGAACCCGAUCAACUUUUCAACAUAAUAGAGCGUUUUCAUGACGAUAUAAUGUUUGGCACGUUGCAUAGUGAUAUUGAGGGAUCACUUCUCGUACUACUUGAACAUGUCUACGGGCCAUUAAUCGUUUCUAAUUCAGAAUGGUCAGAAAACGUGAGAGGAAACAUCUUAACAGGCUAUAACUCAUUCAUGACUUAUUUGAACGAACUACACUAUAAACUGUCGGGGUUCACGCUUCUUUAUGUGCCUCGUGAGGGAAACGAUAUGGAUGUUCAGGAAGCUGUACUAAACCGUUCCAUGAUAAAACGAAUGGAAGCGGUCGUGAUCGAUUGGACUAGUCAAAUUAGAUCCACACUAAGCGACACACAGCAUUUUGUUCCUGACGACUUAGUUUGUCCUUCAGAUGAGUAUAAUUUUUGGAUAUACCGACAUGAAGUACUUUCGGCUAUUAAAACCCAAUUUGAGGGCCCUAACAUUGUUCAUGUCUUGAAAAUUCUAGACUUGGCUCAAUCGCUUUAUAUUAAACCUCUGAGAGACGUACUGGCUGAUUUGGAGCAAGAAAUAGAAAUAGCUGAAUCAAACAUUCCGUUCUUAAAACUGUUGGUUAACCCUUGUUUUGCCAUUCGUACCUUAGACAAUGAAGAUGAUCUCUGCUCACAACUAAUUUAUGUGAUGCAUAUAAUACGAUUCAUUGGAUCAGACUCUCGCCACAUGCACAGAAAUGAAUGCAUUACGAAGUUAUUUCUUUAUUUGAGCAAUGAAAUUGUUUCAUGUUGUAUGCAAAGCAUCGAUAUCGAUAAAAUUCUAGCCGGCGAUCCUGAUUAUGGCAUUCAGAUAUGUAACUUGAAGAUCAAUGGUUGUGAAUCGUACAAAAUCAUUUACGAAGAGAUGCUCGAUCAUUUUAAAGAUGAAUUUACCUGGGAUCACGACAAUGCAGCUAUUUUCAAUAGAACAAACGCACUAAUCCAACGGUUGUAUGAUGUUUUAGAAAUAUGCGAAGCAAUGCUUAUUUUUGGAAAAUACGAUGGAAGUUCUUCGUACAAAUACUAUAUUUUCUCAUGCAACAACGCUAAAGAGUAUGAAGAAAAGUGCGACCAGGUAGAAAAAACCUUCAUCGCUGGCAUUGAAAUUAUCCAGUCCGUUUCUGGAUCAAUUCUAGAUAUUAAUAACAAGGAAUGGUACAACUACAUUGCCGAUUUUCGAGAAAUGUUGAGAAAUCUCGAUGAUGUUAUUGAAAACUUGCUUUCUAAUGUUUUCCUGGUAGCUGAAAAUCUCGAAGAAAAAAUUGAAGUACUCAUAACACUCCUAAACUUCUUCAAACGGGAUAACAUAAAGAAAAGUUUUAUGAAGAAAAUAACGGAUAUCUGGACUGUUUUCAACAUGGAACUAACGGCACUCUCGAAAGAAGUCUCAUGUGGUAUAAACUCGUAUCCAUCUAUGCUCCCACGGAAUUCUGGACAGUACACUAUGUUGAAAAUCAAAUUCGAUCGAAUUUGCCGACUCAAGUAUUUAUUGGAGCGGUGCCGUUUCUUUCCACAGUAUUCAGAUAGUGAUGAUAUAUUAUCAUUGGCUGAAUCAUGUGAGAAGCAAGUGAAUAUUGCUUUGAAAACAUUCAAUGACAUUUGGAUUAAAUCAAUAAAUUUUGCCUAUGGAAGCUGGUUUCACAGGAAUCUCAUUUGUAGAAGUCAAAUACGCCCAGGAUUACUAGAGUGUCAUAUAGAAAGACGAAUGCUGCAGAUAUUCGAUGAGGCGUAUUUUUUCAAAGUACUUGGAGCAACAAUUCCCAGCGUUAUCGAUAUAGAUAAAAAUGAAAGUACAAAGCAAACAUUUGAUGCUGUAAUCAGGAUUGCACUAUACUUCAAUAAUGUAGUAUCCUCGAUCUCGGAGAAAGAGCGCAUUUUUUUCAAGCCGAUGAUUCAAAACACGGAGAGAAAGCUGGAACCCUUGAGAAGUAAAUUUACUUGGGAUGAAGAUCUGAACGAAUAUAUCGACACGUUCGUCGUUAAUGUCAAAGAGUUACUAGACGUAAUACAAAUAUAUAAGCGAGAGAACAUCAACAUAUCAAGAUGCGUUGAAAAUAUUUACAAUCUUAAUAUUUUUAAUAUCAACAACUUGCCAGCUCAACAGCUAGUAAACUUAUUGAAAUACAUCGAAGAAGAAAAGCGGGACUCUGUUUCAAAACUUGUUCAAGUGUACACGGAGACGAACCAACAUAUUUUUACCAUCUACGAACAAUUGGGCAAUAAUAUACGGAAAAUGGGAGAGAGUUGGGCCCAGUAUGUGCAGAAAAUCGAUAAAUUAUUUAAGGCAGCGCUUUUCAAUUCAUCAUUCAAAACGUUGGAAAGUAUUCACAAGAUUUUAGCUGAACCUACAUCCCCUAUACUUAGUAUUGAGAUAAUACUGGAAAAACGUGGCAUUGAAUAUCAACCAGCACCCGAGAUGAUUGCAAAUGUGUUGAACCGCUUUCCCGUCGAAGUGACUUCUGUUAUAAAACUCAUUCCUAGCAUGUGUCAACAAUUUCAGGUUGAUUCCGAUGAUAAUUUUUAUUACGAGUUUUUGGAGAAUGAAACGUAUCAGCUGUUGAAAAACAAUAUCGAUACGGCAGUUAUCAGCACAAUUGAAAAUCUAGCUUCAUUCAAAGAUAAAUGGAACAUAUUUCGCCCUUUCUGGAGUGUUAAUCGAACAACUUUCAUUGAAAAAUUCAAUUUAACAAGUAUGACAUCUGAAGCAUUUAAAACAAAUAUUGAAAAAUUCGAAGAGCUUUUGAAUCAGCUAUCCACACAGACCGAUUUAACAUCGUGCAAAUGUGUGGAGAUUGAUUCUUCAAAGUUAAAACACGCCAUUACUAAUCAUAUCAAUGACUGGCAAAUCAAAUAUAUCGACUAUCUUAAAUGUGUGUCCUACGGUCGCAUCAUCGAGUUCAACAACAUACUGAAUAGUAACAUGGAAACCUUGAGUGUAAAACCAAUGGAGGUAGAGGAUUUAAAACUUCUGGAAAAUAAUCUAAAUAACUGCUUCAGCGAAAUACAGCACAUGGAAGAUGAGAUACACAUAAUAAUAGAAUAUUUCGACGUAUUGGAAAAAUGUGUCUCAGACAUACUUCCUGAAGCAUCCAAUCUUCACCAAAAUAUUAAUCAGAUUUGGCGACGCUAUGUUGACUAUCUUAACCAGAUUAAGGAAGAAAUUGAAAACUAUCAGACACAGUUUAAACUAUCAAUAGGGAAGGAUCUCGCACAUCUCAAGGUUAAUGCACUUGAAAUGUUGAAGAUGCUGGACGAAGAUAUGCCCACGAGUGAUGAUUUAUCUUUUGAAGAUGCCUUCCUUGUUAUCGACAAAUUGAUGGAUCAAUUAGAAAGCCUCGAAGCGCAAGAAAGAUUGCUUCAAGAAAAAAUGGCUUUACUCGGUAUUGAAUACCAACCACUAGAUGCAAUCAUUGAAAUUCGAAGAAAACUUGAAAAUAUGAAACUGAUUUGGCUGCUCGUUGAAGAAUGGGUGAACACUCAAAAAUCUACUUUCAUCAUGGAAUAUAUGCAAGCAUCAAUUAAUGACAUCACUCGGCCAGCUGAAAGCAUUUUGGGCCGACUACAAGAUUUGGAUUCAACAUUAUCUGAGGAUAUGAGAUAUCCUAUCUAUAAUAAGACAAGAACUGAGAUCCUGGAUUACAAUACAACUGUUUCAAUUUUGGCCGAUAUGAAGUCCUCUCAUUUGCGCGAUCGUCAUUGGGAUACAAUUGCACAAUCAACAGCAUUAGACUUCCAUCAGGAUGAUACGCUUUGUUUGAAAGAUUUUGUAGAUCACGAAUUUCAUAAUUUCAAAGACGAAUUUAUGAAGUUAUGCUUCGCUGCUAGAAAAGAGUACGAAAUAGAAACAGAACUCGGCAUCGUAAAGCAAGAAGUGGGAUCGAUUCGUUACAAAAUACAUCGAUCAAUGGCGGGAACGUACAAGAUUCAAAACGCAGACGAAUGUUUCCGUAUAUUGAAAUCGAACAGCACAACACUAAAUGUUCUUAUGCAGUCAAUUCAUCGUCGCCCGUUUCAAAAGGAAUUAUAUAAUUGGGAAGUCAUUUCAACUCUAAUCAUAGAUCUUCUCGAGAUACUUCUACUAAUCGAAAGUAGAUCCAACAUGCUACAUGAAAUUUUCAGAAAAACGGAAUCAUCUGAUAGGUUCCAAGAAUUUAACCAAACAUUUAAACUAUAUUACACCAAAUGGAGUACACUUGUACAGCUUUUGAACGAAUCAGAUUUACAAAACGACGUUUGCCACGAAGGACAAGAGUUUUUAAAGGAGGUAGAAAUGCUGCGAAAGCAUUUUGAUGAUUUAUACCGAAAUCUGAAUGAUUUAUUAGACGAAGCAAGGGAUGCUUGUCACCGACUGUUCUUGGUACCUGAUAAACUGCUCAUCGAAACCAUGGCUCAUCCGACAAAUGUCACGCUGUUGCAACACUGUAUGGAUUAUUGUUUCGAAAAUAUAAACCAAAUUACUAUACGGCGGCUAGAUUUACCACAUAAAUACAACCGUUGGGAAAUUUCAGAAGUUGCCACGAAAAACAACGAUAAUAUUCUACUCCUUCAACCCAUUCUCUUCGAUGCAUCGACGAAUGUAGAUUGUAUAGUUGCAGAACUGGAACAAUCCUUGCAGGAUACGUUUAAAAGACAUCUACAAAAAUGUUUAUCUAGAUUAAAACAAAAUUACUUCAGACGGAUCGAAAGUGGGUGGUACAAAAACUUUAUCCAUCAAGCGUGUUUAAAAAGUGUUCACAUCGAGAACACACUUCUUAUCAGAAACGCACUGGUGCAGUCUGAUCUUCUUGGAAAACCAAAGCCUCUCAAAAUGUUACGCACAAUGCAUAAUAAACUGAUCAAUAGACAGUUUAACACAAUGAAAACUAAUCACAGUACACGAAAUGAUCGGAUUAUAGAAAAAAAGCUGAACGACACGAUGAUAUUAGAAAUUAACACUCGAGAUGUAAUUGAGGAUUUGGUGAAAUCAAAUGUUAAGGGAUUGAAAAAUUUCGAGUGGCUGUCUCAACUGCGGUCCUAUUGGAACGACGAAACUAAUACAUGUUCAGUAGCUCACAUGGACAGUAUUUUUCAUUAUGGAUUUGAAUGCAAACCAUCGGAUGAACCCAUAUUUAUGACACCUCAUACUAAUCGGCUUAUUUUGACCAUAACUAAAGCAAUAAGGCACAGAUUAGUACCAUAUCUCAUAGAUGGUGGUGGUCAUUUAGGAGGGUGUAUAUUGAAACAACUCUCCACCGAAUUCGCUGUGUUCUUCGUCACGCUUCAUUGUGAUCCUAACUGGAAAAUGGCAAAUUUGGAUAAAUAUAUCAAUGGAUUGAUAAAACUACGAGCUUGGUUGUGUUUCAGCGGAGUCGAAAACCUAUCUUCCAGCAUCUUUGCAUUAACGAAUGAGUUCAUAAGAAAUGCAUUAGCCGCCCGAGAGAAGCACAAAGUUGUAGAUUUGAAAAAAUCGAAAAUAGUCACAAAAUUUCAAUUUUUUGCCAUAACCAAUAAUCAAUCGUUGAUGGUAACAGAUCUAGAGCGUUCAAUAAUGCGACCAGUACACAUCAUAUCACCUGAUCAGGAAUUAGUAAUGCAAAACUUGCUAUGUUCCUGUGGCAUACAACAAUACCGGAACUUGGCCUUUCUGAUAAAGCUAUUUACAAAGCAAAUUAAAGAGUAUCUUCCAAACCAUCACCAGUUGUGGACAUCAGCUCGAAUACAGAAAGCAAUAUUGUGUACAAAACAUUUGUUGCAUACAACAUCGUAUACCGAGAAUCAGGUAUUAGCUUUAGCCUUGCAGGAUGAGUUUAGUCUGAGCAUAUCCGAAAAUGAGAAACGAAUUUUUGAAAACUGUGUCGAUUCAAUUUUCUCGGUAAAUCUUGAAGAUGACAACAGAACCAUCAACGAAGAUGUCGAAUCUGUAUUGUAUUCACUCGGCAUGACGCCAACAAAAUAUCAAGAAACGAAAAUUGAAGAAACACUAUCGUGUCUAUCGUUAGAUAUACCGGUGAUAAUAAUUGGCGGAACUUGCGGAGGGAAAACAACAAUAUUACGAACAGCUAUGGGAAUUCUUUCAGCCAAAGAAAAAGAAUUCAAACAGUAUUACGUUAAUCCAGAAGCUCUCAAGUUAUCUGUUAACGGAAAAUUCGAUAACGAAAUGUUUGAAGAAAUCCUCACGGGAAUCCUCGAAUCCACCGACCAUACUAGGAAGUGCCUUAUUUUUGAUACGGUGGUAAAAGACGACUGGCUAAAAUGUGUUAGAUCCUUUCAAAAUUACAUGAAAACAAAUUUAUCAAAAAUUGAUCUGAAAAAUGCCGUUCUAAAAGUCAUUGUUGAGACAACCGAUAUGGACUGUGCAACACCGGCUGCUGUAGUAAAUUUUGCUAUUAUCUACAUUGAUGAUAGCUAUAUGACGUGGAAGCAGCCUUUUCAAUCCUGGUUAGCUCGUAUGACAUCAUUGGAAGUAGAUAUCAAAGAUCAGUUGCAAGAAUUAGCGAAUCAAUAUUUAGAUUCAUUUUUCAACUUCGAGAAAACUUCUUCUCAAAUCAAGAAUAUUAACGCAAUCAAAACAUUCUGUCGUAUCUACGAAUCUAUAGCGAUUGAUUGGAUCGAGCAAAAAAUGUUGCCAUCGGAAGCAAAAAAUGAAGCGUUUGUAAAGCUGUUUUUCUUCUGCUGCGUUUGGUCCAUAGGAUCUUCGUUUAAUGAAGCUGAGCGCCGACAAUUUGAUAUUUUUAUCCGUGAGCAGAUCGUGGAUACAACAUCCAGCUAUCCGUUGAAAGGAAAUGUAUUUCAAUAUUUUAUUGAAAUUUAUGAAAACCAUUCAAAAUGGACGACAUGGAGCGUUUGUCAUAUAGGAAUAGACGAUAAUAGUAAUAGCGAUUACGUGUUCACUGUAGAUACCAUCCCCUACCAUUACCUAACAGUAAUGAGUUUAAAAAAACACAUACCAGUUAUCAUUACAAGCGACUCUACAGUAGGAAAAACCACAUUGAUAAAAAAUGUAAUGAACACCUUAAAUGAUGAAAAUCUAUCACACUGUGUCAACAAUUUGAGCAGAAAUUGUACCACCAGCUAUCUCGAACAACAUCUGCGACACUUUACAACAAAUAUUGCGAAGAAAAUCGUCUAUCCUAAAGAGCGAAAAAAUUUAGUUGUAUUCCUAGAUGAUCUACAUACAGUUAUUGACCAAAGUACAAACAUAACGGAAUUUUUGAGACAGCUGAUUGAGUAUGAUGUUUGGUAUGAUAAUGGACGUCCACAGCGCCUGAUGCAAACACGUUUUGUAUCAGCUAUGAGAAAUGUCGUGUCACUACAAUCAAACACAUCCAGUACAACGAGAUUGCUCAGCAAAUUCUAUAGGAUCAAUUUCAACGCUUAUAAUGAUGAAAUCACAGAUUUUAUAUUCAACAAGAAAAUAGAAUCCAUGACACAUAUGGAAACACCAAAUAAACUUCUAGACUUGUUGGCACCAGCGACAUGCGAGUUGGUUCGCUGUUUAAGAACGAGUUUUCCGGGUACUCCCAACAAACCUCGUUAUCAGUUUUCAUUGAAAACAAUGCACAGAAUCAUUCACGCAUUUCGUACAUUAAGUACUGACGCAAAUAUUGCAAAUAGAGUAUCUCUACUCAGACUAUGGAUACAUGAAUGUUAUCGAGAAACAUGGGAUUUGCUCGAUAAGAUAGAUUAUAAAAAAUUCUAUGAAAUAUUCAACGACGUUAUAUCAAAAUAUUACGAAGCUACGCUGCACGGUCUAUGUCAAGGGAAUCGUAGUCCUAUGUUUUGCGACAUACUAAACGAAGAUACUCUUUAUGAAGAUAUUAGACAGUCUGAUCCUUUGAUACAAUACAUGGAAACAUCGAUUGACGCUUCAAGCGAAUCUUCCCAACUGGUUGUUCAUCAUGAAGCCAUAGAACAUUGUGCCAAAUUGCUACGAAUACAUCGUGUCGGUUCAUGUCACACCAUAUUUGUUGGAGAAGUGGGCAGCGGUCGCGAAACGAUAUGUCAGCUUACUACUCUACUCAUCAAUCACAAGAUGUCAAUCAAUGAGUCAUAUAAUGGGAAAACUGAUGUCACUUUAAACUUGCUUGAUGUUCAUUCCCAGGAUAAUGCUAAAGUUAUUGCUGAGAAAUUCGAAAAACUUUCCGCUCAAUGUAUACACAAAUAUACGAUUUGUCUCUUGCGUGUGGAUGAAAGGGACAGAGUGAAUAUUUUUAUGUUGGAAAUUUUGAACAACUUCAUCACGAAUGGUAUCGUAGCUGGUAUUCAUCCUUGCUUGGAAGAUAAUCUGGAAGAGUCUGAAACUGUCCUAUGGGAAAACAUCAGAAGUAAUCUACACUUUGUGAUAUGCGCACCAAUUAUUAGCAAAGAAUACAGAUCAUUGCUUAAUUGUUAUCCAUCAUUAAUGACAAAUUUAACCACUAUUUGUAUGCAUUCUUUGAUGGGGAACUGUUUAACAGAAAUUUCUACAAAAUUCAUGCGAAAAAAUGUGACAUUCGAUAUUCCUAUAUCAUUCCUAUAUGAUGGAAAAAUUGCUACAGAAGUUACUGUAAGUAGAUCAAUUGCACGAUAUACGAUUUCAAAUAAGGAAAAAUUACAACAGCACAGGAAAAGAGAAAGUUUAGUACAAAGUACCGAAGACCGUUUACUACAAGCUGCUGCAGAUGCAGUUUGCCGAAUCCAUUCAGCAAGCAAGUACGAAAUUGUUACGAAUUCUACCGUUUUAUGCGGCUGGUAUUACGAACUAAUGUCAACGUUUCAAAGGUUGUUGAGUUUUGUACGAAACAGAUUGGGCCUUCUGUAUAAAAAAUUCUUUGGUGGAAUACAACAUAUAGAGGAAGCAACCCUUAACGUAAAAGCUCUCCAGGAACAAUUUGAAAAACAACAGGAACAAAUAGCCGAGUACCAACAAGAAUUAGAAGAAUUUAUCACAAACAUUGAAAUACAAACCGAUGAGGCGGACACACAAAGCCAGGAGGUAGAGUUUAAACGUGAGAAGAUAGGAGCAGAAGAGGUUAUCUGUAAACAGCUAGCUGCUGUGGCUGAGGCCGAUUUGGAGAAGGCAAUGCCUGCACUGAAUGUCGCAAUUGCAGCUUUAGACUCGCUGAAUAAGAAGGACAUGAAUGAAAUUAAAUCUUACAGUCGUCCACCAGUCAAAGUUGAACUUGUUCUUAAUGCGGUAAUGAUUCUGCUUGGCAAGGAGCCAACGUGGGCUGAAUCUAAACGACAAUUGGGCGAGCAAAAGUUUUUAGAUACCUUGAGAAACUUUGACAAAAAUAAUAUCGCAGAAAAAACACUCAAAAUAAUCGGUAGCUACGUUCGCAAUCCUGAACUGGAACCUAAUAAAGUAGGAACUGUUUCGAAAGCUGCCAAAUCUUUAAUAUUGUGGGUUAGAGCGAUUGAAAACUAUGGGAAAGUUUAUAGGUUUGUUGGACCGAAAAUUAGAAAAAUGGAGGACGCCAGGGCUUCUCUUCUAGAAAAACAACUAUCACUACGAGAAGCCGAACGCAAAAUGAUGGAACUGGCAGAGAAAUUGGCAAUACUUCGUAAAGAAUAUGAGAUUAAAAUGAAAUGUAAAGAAGAGCUUGAAGAAGCAGCCAGGCAGAUGGCAUUAAAACUCGAGCGAGCCAGAUCACUAGUAAAUAGUCUUAGCAAUGAGAGAGAAAGAUGGAUGGAAACGGUUGAAGGGCUGCAACGUGAAUAUUCUCGCGCUAUUGGAGAUGCGUUAUUAGCAGCAGGAAGUAUUGUAUAUUUUGGAACUUUACCUAUCGACAGCAGAGAUACAUUGAAGAUGCAGUGGAAAGUCGAUCUAGAGGCAUUGGAACUGUCAUUUACAGAAAAUUUUUCUUUGUUCAACUUUUUCUAUCAACCUGAUGAUUUACAAAAUUGGCAAGAUUGUGGGUUACCUGUUGAUGACUUUUGUAUAGAGAAUGCUACAAUUGUGCUCAACAGUGUAUCUCGAAUACCACUUGCAAUCGAUCCGCAAGGCGAGAUUCAACGAUGGUUACUAAAAUUGCACAUUUUUUCGGAGCUUACAAUUCUGCGAUGGAAUUUUAAUGAGAACAUUUCAGAAGGUAUAAUUGCCACGGCUAUACGAGAACAGAAAACUAUACUCAUUUACAAUAUGCUACAGCAAAAUAUGCACAACUUUCACAAUUUUAGAAUUGCUUAUAAAAAAGUUCUGAAACAACACUACGUACCAAAUUUGCCUUCACCUUCAACGGUGAAAACAGGAUUAAACAGAUCCACUUCUGAAGAUGCAACAAAUUCCUUAUAUUUGACAAGUAGCGAAGGAAUCCGUUUCAGUACCACACUGAGAAAGUCGAUCAAUAUGGUGAAUUUUGUUUUCGGUUUGUCAGGAUUAGAAAUUAAACUGCUAGCAAUCGUAGUCGAGCACGAAAAUCCAUCGCUUGAAGAACGCAAGGAAAUGUUAAUGCGCUCGAUAAUUUCUAAUAAAUCAACCCUCACCAGCCUAGAAGAAAACAUACUUCGAAUCUUAAAUGAGAGCAAAGUGCCACUUAUCGAAAACGAGGAACUAUAUGAAACAUUACAAGUUUCAAGAGAUACUGCUGAAAGCAUAACAGUGGGAUUGGAACAUGCGCAACAUGCAAAACAGGAUAUAGAAAGCUCGCGUGAAAUCUACAGACCUUGUGCUACAAGAGCAGCAUUGUUGUUUCUUGUAGUAGAUGAUUUGAAGCAGUUCAACAUAUUUUACAGAUUUUCGUUGAAAUGGUAUCUCAGUCUAUUUCAAAAAUCGUUAGAAAAAAGUAGUAGAUCUCAAGUAGUUGGAGAACGCAGAUUGAGAAUAAUAGAUUUUCACACCUAUAACGUUUUCAGAAAUAUAUGCUAUGCGUUGAGCAUAACUGAUCAAAAAAUGUUCACGUUCUGUUUGUGUGUGCACUUAUUGUUUGCGGAAGAAAAAAUAAGUGCAAAAGAGUUGACUUUUCUUUUGAGCGGAGCAGAGAGAGUAGAACGUUCUGAACAAAUUGAAAACCCCUGUUCAGAUUGGAUUUGUGCUAACCAUUGGGAUAAUAUCACAGAGCUAGAUAAACUUCCCGGCUUUCGUGGAAUAGUACAAUCGUUUGAGGAAGUUAAUGACGAAUGGAAACUGUGGUAUUUAUCGUCUACUCCAGAACUAGCAAAAUUACCCGAAAACUGGGAAAGAAAUUUGACCGAAUUCCAAAAAUAUUUGGUAGUUCGUAGUUUACGGCUAGAUAGGUUUGAACCUUGUAUUAUUGACUUCGUGCGUUGUAAUCUCGGCAGAAAGUACGUAAACUUCAAACGGGCUAAUUUGAAUGACAUAACCUCGGAAUCAUCUGCUCAAACGCCCAUUCUGCUGAUAUGCAGACCGAAAUGCAAUCCAUGGUCGGAGGUACAAAUGCUGGCUAAAUCGUUUGCAGGGAAGCUAGAAACGAAAUUGCAAUAUUUGGAUAUGAGAGCAGAAUCUAUAGAAUCUUUCGUAUAUCAUUUAAAGAAGUGCAUCAGAAAAGAGAAAUGGCUGUUCAUGCACGAUUGCCACAAAUCACACUGGCUUCUAUCCCGCUUGGAUGAUAUAAUGGAUUAUCUGAAAACGACCAACAUAAAUUCAAAUUUCCGCUGGUGGUUGACAACUGAUGAGAGACUGGAACAUUUCCCUUUAAAUAUUCUGCAGGCCAGCAUAAAAUUCAUGUAUGCUGAACCGAUGGGAAUCAAGCAAACAAUGAAACAGAUGUAUGAAGAAAUGGGCGAGGAAAAAUUCAAGAAAAAAACAAAAAACAAAUAUAACAUGGAACACAAAAAGCUGAUAUUCUCUUUGGCGUUUUUCCACUCUCUGUUGGCAGAAAGAAAAAAAUUCCAAACAUUAGGCUGGAUCAAUCGUUACUCCUUCAGUGUUUUGGAUUUUCAACUUUCUGAAAAACUACUCGCAUUUGGACUCGAGAAACUAAUGCUACCAAAUAAUGGAGCAAGAAAUACCAUCGAUCUCAAACAAUUCGAAAUUUUCGAACUGGACGAAAACACAGAUGACCAUUCAGAGGCUAUUCCUUGGAAAUUCAUCAACAAUAUAAUAUUGGAGGUCGGAUAUGGUACUCAAAUAACUAACAAAUGGGACCGAAGAAUUUUCAAGACGCACUGUAAAGAAAUCUUUCGCCAUCAACUUAUUACGGUACCAGAAUGUCCAUUGAUACCAUAUGAUACAUCAUACCUGCUACCACGUGAUGGAAACUACCAAUCUUAUAUCAACUACAUUACAAAAAGUUUACUACACGCUGAUAAAGCGAAUGUCUUCGGACAGAACGAGAAUGCAAAUAUCAAAUAUUUAGAAUCACAAUCGAGCUACAUGUUACAAAUGCUUCGCAAGGCUCAACUCGGUCCUUCAAAUACUGUAAGCCAUGAAGACAAAGAUGAAACUCUGGAGGAUUAUGUGAACAUAAAACAAAUAGUCUUGGAACUGCUCGCGACACUUCCUGUUUAUCUAGAUUAUGGUAAUGCAACAAAAAUAGUCGGUACAAACAAAACUUCUGUGGAUGAUUGUCUGCUACAUGAAAUUUCCGCCUAUAAUGAAAUUCUUGAACAAGUGAAAAUGAAUCUCACGCAAUUAACUCGGGUUUUGUCAGGAGAGCAUAACAUGCAUGGUUUGCAUCAAGAACUUCUUAAUCAUAUUCAACGUAAUCAAAUACCCCAAGCAUGGAUUUGUUAUCCCACAAAUAAGUUUCUCUCGGAUUGGAUCAUCGAUCUGAGACACAGAAUUGAGAAUUUCCGGAAAUGGACAGAAACAGGACAACUACCAACAGAUAUUAUGUUAGGACUUUUUAUAAAGCCAAGACUUUUCAUGCACAGUGUUCUGAAGCUGUUCGCAGAAGUGAACGACGUCCCAUUGGCAGAGUUAACUUGGGCUGUAUCCGUAUUUCCUACAAUGAAACCGAUGGUUCGGCUUCCAAUUACGAAAGGGUUUAUCGGUCGCGGUAUCUAUCUAGAGAAUGCUGGUUGGGAUUUAGAAAAACAAUGUCUAAGACAGGCGCAGAUUCUUGAAAUACAUUGUCCCAUGCCUCCAAUCGCAUUCAAACCAAUGAAGCGAAAUGAAGUGGAUGAAGAAGAUAAUUAUUUUUGCCCAUGCUACUACAGCGUUUGCCGGUCAGAGGAAGCACUCAUUUUUGGUGUAUCCCUUAAUACUGGUGACGACGAAAAGGAAACGUGGAUCAAGUUUGGAACGGCGUUAUUACUUACCCUUUGAUUGUGCUGUGUUUAUUCGAUUCAAAUAAAAAAUAAUUACUAUGUUGUUAUAAAUUUAUUUAAAA